AAAUAUUUUUUGUCAAUUAAACCUAUAUACGUUUAUGUUACUUAAUUAUUUUGUGUAAUCAUCUAAGAAAAUAUAUAGAUAUAUAUAAAAAAAUUCAAUUACUUUGAAAAUAUAUAUUUGUAUUGUUUAAAAUUAUGUUUUAAAAGAAAAAUAUUUCUUUUUCUAAUAUCAAGAUCAUUUGUGUGAACUUUUUUUCUUAUGAAAUCACAUUAUAUACAAAUAUACUUUGUCAUCUACGAAUAUGUAGAUAAAAAAAAGUAUUUUAUUACUUCAAAAGUAUAUUUUUUGUUACUUAAAGAUAUCGUUUAAAUGGAAUAUUACUAUUUUGUGAACUUUUUUUUUUUUUUAUGAAAUCAUAUUAUAUAUAUAUAUAUAUAUAUAUAUAUAUAUUUCGUUUUUAAAUUAUUUUUAAAACUUUUAAAUGUUUCCUUUUUAUUUAUAUUGUUAUUUGGAAAAUUUUUAAAAGUAAAGAAUAAUAUUUAAAUGUACUUUUUUAUUUCAUUAGGGGCAACGUAGUAAUCAACCACCAUGAGAGUUAACGUGAACGUGACACCUAGAAAAGUGACUUCUCGAAUAAUAUUAUAGAGAUAUAGAGUAUUUGCAUUAUAUAUAUGACUUGAACACAUACUCCGAGCAUCAUUAUUAUAUGACCAAAAGACGUUUUGGUUCUCGUGUGUGUUCUCUCGAUCGAAUAUCAAGGUACCGACAGUAAACCUGACCAACCAAGUCCCUUCAACACCGGGAAGCAACUACUCGACAAUGAAUAUACUCCCUAUCCAUGAAUUUACCCUCUUUCCUCGCUCGGCUCUCCUCAAGCUUUUUACUUACGUUAAACUUUAAUAAAAAAUUAAUACUGAAAAGUUAUAACAAAUACUAAAUGAAUAUAUUUUAAAUUGAGCAACCCGAUUAAAAAUAUCUCAAUAAACAUUUAAUAUAUCUAUCUAUAGCUAUUGAUAUAUUUUGAAUCCAAACCAAUUUUAAUUUUUAGAAUCAUAAAAAACACAUUUUUAACAAAUAAUAAAGAAAUAUACCAAUACAUUUCUAACAAAUAAUAAAAACAACACAUUUUUAUACUAAUAUAUUCAUAGAAAUAAACUCGAUAAUAUACCAUAGAUACAUUACAUCAUUUAUUAUGAAUAUAUAUAUUAGCUUGAAAUGACUAUGUAAUGUCAUUUAUCAUCUUUUAUAAUUUAUAUACAUGUGAAUAAUUGAAGGAAUACAAAAAUUUAUUUACUAUAAAAUAAAUCAAAUAUAUUUAAUAAAUCAUAAUCCACAUGUUUUUGGUAGUAUGGCAACAUUUGUCACUAGUAUCAAAAAUUUAUUUACUAUAAAAUAAAUCAAAUAUAUGUUAAACAUUUCCCUUUCGUCUUAUUCAAAAAGUGACAAAUCACGUUGCCAUACUACGAAAAACGAAACGAAACGAAUAUAUUCGUUUUGAUUCACGUGGCCUCGGAAACCAUCAUGAAGCUUGGCAACACUGACUGGUUAUGUAAACAUAGUUGUGAUAAAAUGAUAAUUAAAUCUGGUUAGUACCACAUGUGUGUAAGGAAAUUACACCACUACCACUAAAUGUGUGCAUUAUUUAACUUAAUCAUACAUCCAAUACGAAAUAAUCUGAUAUAUAUAUAUAUAUAUAUAUAUAUUUUUUUUUCUUUUUAUAGCGUAAUUACAACACUACCACUAGAUGUGUGCAUUAUUUAACUUAAAUCAUACAUCCAAUGAGAAAUAAUCUGUUAUUAUAUAUAUAUAUAUUUAUAUUUAUAUUUAUAUUUAUUUAUAACGUAAGUACACAACUAGUUACUACUGGCUGUGUGCAUUAUUUAACUUAAUCAUAAAUCCAAUGAGAAAUAAUCUGUUAUAUAUAAUAUAUGCAACUAGUAUCUACACAACUACCUUUACUUCUACUAACCCAACCUUUCUUGCUCUAGCUCCCCUUCUUUUUUUUUGGAACUGAUUCUUAGCUCUAGCUCCCCUUCUUUGUCAAAGGUUAAAUUUCUUUCGUCUUUUUAGCUCUUCAUUUACGUUUCAAAGUAGUUCAAUUUAGGGAUCCGUUGCUAAUUUCUUACAUAGAAAAAACAAACACUUAGCCAAUAUGACACAUGGAUUUGUUUACUUAGCUACAGUUGAAAGAUUUAUCUCCACUUUAUCUCAGUAUCUUGCAAACUCUUUGAGAAAAUAUAGUCAGUAAAUGUUUUUCACUAAAAUGGUAACUUCAUGUAGUAAUUUUAUUCACUAACGUAUGGGUUAAUAAACUUAAAAUAGUUGCUGCAGGAACUAUAUUCCAUGGCGCUAGUAUUCUCUUCUUGUGGGCUUGGUGCUGUAAUGAACCUCAGUGCUUUGAAAACCAAUGUUAGCUCCUCACACAAGAAAUUUCUUACUUGUAAAAGAAGCAAGAUAGUUGCAAGCAACCAAGGGACAAAUACAACCGCAAGCUAUUCUGCUCUCGCGACCGAGCCACUGACUAAAGAAGAUCUCAUUGCCUAUUUUUCUUCUGGAUGCAAGACAAAGGAAAUGUGGAGAAUAGGUACGGAACACGAGAAAAUCGGUUUUGAUGUCAAAACUUUGCGCCCUAUCACGUAUGAACAAAUAACUGCACUGCUUAAUGGUAUUUCCGAGAGAUUUGAUUGGGAUAAGGUGAUGGAGACUGGGACAAUCAUUGGUCUGAAACAGGGAAUGAAAAACAUAUCAUUAGAACGAGGAUGCCAACUAGAGCUAAGUGGAGCACCUCUAGAGACUUUGCACCAAACUUAUGAUGAGCUCCAUUCACACCUUUACCAGGUGAAAACUGUUGCUGAGGAUUUGGGAAUUGGUUUCCUAGGAAUUGGUUAUGAACCGAAAUCUAGUCUUGAGGAUGCAACCAUUGUGCGCAAGAGAAGGUAUGACAUUAUACAAGGCUAUUUAGACAGAACUGGCUCAGGACCUGACUUGGGUCUCAGAACGUGUACUGUUCAGGUCAAUCUAGACUAUAGUUCAGAAACCGAUAUGAUCAGGAAAUUUCGCGCUAGUCUAGCUUUGCAACCUAUUGUGACAGCUCUAUUCGCAAACUCCCCAUUUAGUAAUGGAAAACCAAAUGGGUUUCUAAGUAUAAGAAGUCAUUUAUGGAUAGAUACCGAUAAGAACCGGACAGGAAUGAUACCUUUUGUGUUCUAUGACUCAUUCGGGUUUGAGCGGUAUGUCGAAUAUGCACUUGAUGUUCCAAUGUGCUUCUUACACAGAAACAAAAGCUACCUCAACUGUAGAGGAAUGACAUUUCGGGAUUUCUUGUCUGGGAAAACUUCUCAUCUAUCUCAUGAACAGCCCACCAUUAACGACUGGGAAAACCAUAUAGGAACAAUAUGGCCAGAGGUUCGGUUAAAGAGAUACUUGGAGAUGAGAGGAGCUGAUGGAGGUUCCAGGGAGAUGUUGUGUGCCCUACCAGCUUUUUGGGUGGGUUUGCUAUACGACGAGGAGUGUCUCCAAGCUGUUCUUGAUAUGAUAGCUGACUGGACUACUGAAGAAAGAGAGAUGCUUAGGACACAAGUCCCAGUCACUGCCCUUAAGACAAUGUUUAGAGAUGGUCCCUUAAAACAUGUCGCAGAAGAUGUCUUAAAGCUAGCAAAGGAUGGUUUGGAGCGUAGAAACUAUAAAGAAACCGGUUUCUUGGAUGCUGUCGCCGAGGUAGCUAUAACAGGUAAUGUUUUAUUUUUGUUAUCAGCGGAAAGUAUUUGUAGGAUCAGUGUAUAUGAAGGUCCUAUUUUUCUUGGCAAAACCAGGUGUUACGCCUGCAGAGAAGCUCUUGAAGUUGUACAAUGGAGAUUGGGGACAAAGCGUAGAUCCUCUGUUUCAUGAAAUGCAAUACUAAGAAGACAAAAUCUCUUGGACAUGAGAUAUAGAGAUAAAAGUCCUCUUGUUCUUACACCAAAAAAAAAAGUCUUCUUGUUUCAAAUAAGUUUAAAAAGCUGUCGUUUGGUGUGUAUGGUACAGGAAAUGGUGAUUCUCGGAGUAAGAAUGUUGUGGGUAACUUGUAAAAGGGUUUAAUUAACUCGCACAGUUCAUGUGUGUUUGAAUCAUCCUUGUCUAGUUGCAGUAUUUCUAUUAAAUCUACAAAUAUUUAUAUUUUAUUAUUAUUAACUUGUAAAAGGGUUUAAUUAAGACGCCCUCGUUUCCAAUGCGGUUAAAAAAACUUCUCCAAACCGAGUUCCGGUUAUUAUUAAUUAUUUUAUUAUUAUUAUUAUUUUACCACACAUAUAAUAGCAUAUGCAUGUAGAGUACUGUUGCACAUGAAUGUGCUGAGUUUGUCUUACAUUACACUAUUAUCAGUGGCGGACCCAGCAAUAAUGUUUACAUGUGUCAUAAUAGAUAUAUUUUAAAAAA